AUGGAGGAGUUCCUUCUCUCCACCCCCAUCAACCCCAAUAACUUCCCAGCCAAGCUGUGGCGCAUCGUGAACAGCCCCCGAUACCGCUCGAUCCGCUGGGACCCCCGCGGCGAAGGGCUCAUCGUCGACCAGCAACUCUUCGAAUCCGAGCUCCUCACCCCGAUCAAGAACGUCAACAAUGGUGCCAACCUGGAGCCCGACACCGACCUGCUCUUCAAAACCACCAACUUCACCAGCUUCAUCCGCCAGCUCAACCUGUACGGCUUCAGGAAGAUGGGGCAAGGGAGCGGCGAGCAACCAGUGCCUGGCGAGCUGGGGGCAGGGGAUGGGCUACUUCAUCACUUCCACAACCCCAGCUUUAAACAGGAUCACCCAGAGCUCCUCAUCAACAUGAAAAGGCUAACCAGUGCCAACAAAGCCAAGCUGGCAGCUGGGCUCCAGGUCAACACCAGACCACCCAACCGUUUUCAGAGGUAUCUCACCAACUCCAUGGACUCCAUUGGCCAGACCAAAGGGGACCGACAUGGACCUGUGACAGUUGGCCAACUUCAACGAACAUUCCGCAGGGAUAACUUGUCCCCAUACCCAUUUAUGUCAUCUACCCACAAUCAAAGUCCUUUACAUACAGUGUCCAUUAAAAAUUUGUCAGGUUCUAACCCUGGUGGCCUAGAUCGAACCCCAAUUCCCCCACGUACAUGGCACAGCUCUAUUGGACUAGUGGCUGGACAAAUUGAUACCACCUCUUCUUCUCCAUUUGCUGACAAAGCAAUUCCAUUUUCUGUCAUACAACGAUUUCCCACCGAGGUCACCUAUACUCUGCAACCAAAUCCUAAUAAUGUGCAUGUUCAACAAGGAUCUCAAGAGAUAGGAACUGCUGGUCAGAAAUAUACCAGUUAUCUUACUUCUCCUUCACAGUAUCAUCAGGCCUUCUAUCCAACAGCUGUCUUGCAGUGCUGUCCUCCUAACUCCCACCUGGAUCCACUGACAGGUUGUCCAAAUACAAACACCUCUUCUUAUCCUAACUACAACUAUUAUCAGAAUGCUGCCAUGCAGUCUUCAUAUCCUGUUGAUGUGCUACACAGCAAUGCAGCAGCCUGGCACUGCACUGCUACAGAUGAAUCCAAAAAGUCUGAAGUUAACUUGGAAACUGUCUUUCAGAUAGUGGAUGAAUUAAGGGCUUCUCCAAAACUUCAGCUGGUGAAAAUCGAUGGCACAGAGAAUCCAACUCAAAUGCAACAAUCUCAGAAUACCCAGAAGGCCCCCAGCACUCCAACAUUUACUGACAAUGCAGGAGCCAACGUACAACCAAUGGAACUUCAGACUCUCACCUCUGCAGUCUCAGAGAUUAAGUCUUUCGUGGUAGCAGUAGACCAGCCACUCUCAUGUUCACUGCCAGCAGUUGCUGACAGCAUGCAUACAACUACUUCACAGCUAUCUGAGAAUACAACGACUGUAAGCGUUGUAUCUGCAUCAGUAGCUUCUGAUCAGUGUCUACCACAAGGCGAAGUAUCUAAGCUGUGCCACAGUACAUCUCUCCAUCCAAUAGUGCUUGUUGAGGAUGGACCAGAAUCCAGCUCUGAAAGGACAGUACAUGGUACUGACUAUCAGACUGGCUCCUUGGAUUCCAUCCAGACCUCUGAUCGAUCAAGAACCAUUAUUUCAGCACUACUCUCUGACUUUGACAUACCUAAAGAUACAAUUGCAGCUAAUACUAUUUCAUCGACUCCUAUCAAAUCAAGACGACAAAACAGUGGCCAACAAGCUAAGUCUCCUGAUCUUCAUCUUCUAGUAGAUGUGGCCUGUAAUCAGGAUCACUUUCAAAAAGAAGAGGAUAUUUGCGUUUGGGAGACAGAAGCCAACCAUUCUCCUCAGCUAUCACCUUAG